UUCCUCCUGGUCCUGCCGAUGAGGAUUUUUAGACCGUGGAGACUGCGUUGCCCUGCCCUGCACUUACCCUCUUUCCCUACAUUCUCUAUAAAGUGGAGUUUGCCUUCUCUUCCCACUGACGAAGACAUGUGUAAGAGUGUGACCACAGGUGAGUGGAAGAAGGUGUUCUAUGAGAAGAUGGAGGAGGUGAAGCCAGCGGACAGCUGGGACUUCAUCAUAGACCCCAAUCUCAAGCACAAUGUGUUGGCUCCAGGCUGGAAGCAGUACCUGGAACUUCAUGCCUCAGGCAGGUUCCACUGUUCCUGGUGCUGGCACACCUGGCAGUCGCCCCACGUAGUUAUCCUCUUCCACAUGUACUUGGACAAGGCUCAGCGUGCUGGUUCGGUGCGCAUGCGCGUGUUCAAGCAGCUGUGCUACGAGUGUGGCACAGCACGGCUGGACGAGUCCAGCAUGCUGGAGGAGAACAUCGAAAGCCUGGUGGAUAACCUCAUCACCAGUCUGCGCGAGCAGUGCUACGGCGAGCGUGGUGGCCACUACCGCAUCCAUGUGGCCAGCAGGCAGGACAACCGGCGACACCGCGGAGAGUUCUGCGAGGCCUGCCAGGAAGGCAUUGUGCACUGGAAGCCCAGCGAGAAGCUACUGGAGGAGGAGGCGACCACCUACACCUUCUCCCGUGCUCCCAGCCCCACCAAGCCGCAGGCCGAGACAGGCUCAGGCUGCAACUUCUGCUCCAUCCCCUGGUGCUUAUUUUGGGCCACGGUCCUGUUGCUCAUUAUCUACCUGCAAUUCUCCUUCCGUAGUUCUGUCUAACAUUCCCAUGUGGCU